UUUUUUUCCAAACCAUUCUGCUGGACUGCUUUUAGGGAUUAGAAAAACUUGUCAACAACUUCUCAUGAACAACUUGAUAGAUGUCUGCCAAACUUGUUUGUGACUUAAGGCCUUCAUAGCCCUCUUGGAAAAAUGACUUUGUUCAAUAUGUAGCCAUUUAGAAGCAAAAUACAUAAAUACUUAAAGGCAUGAAGGCGUUUAUAAAGUGUUACAUGAGCAGGCAUGAUAUCAUGCUUUGCCAAUAAAGAUCAAAUUUCCUAAUUUACACUGCAUGAGCCUAUUAGGUCUUUAAUUUUGUUUUUAUUUAAUGUCAUUGUUUAUUUCAUAUGAACAAUGCCUGUCUGUUAGAACUAAAUACAUGGAAGACUGAACAGAAAACAUUAACACUGUUAAAAAGUGACAACAUUUUGAUAUGGGGUUGCCAUUGUUGAUUUUUGUUACAGAAACAAUGUAUAAUUAUUUGUUGCAUUUUUUGCAAAGGAAAGAUUAAACUGUUAAAAUCUUAACUGGUAUUUAAAUCUCUUUUUUUAUCACAAGAUUGAAUUUCUGAUCUGUAAUUAGUGAUAUAAUGGAAAGUAUUGAAACUCAUUAGGCGUUAAUUGUUUAUUGUUAUAAUUGGCAUUUUCGUAGAUUAUAAUGCCCUGCAAACUCACAACUUGAGUGCCAGGUAUGUUCCAUUAGAGAACGUAGUUACAAGGACUUCAGCAUGAAGAUUUUAUUUUUCCUUCUUCUGUAUGUUCAAGUGUGUUCAGGAAGUUCUUCAUUUGUGACAGGAGUGGAAAACUUAAUCUCCGCUCUUACCUCUAGCCCGCUCUAUAAUGCGGACAUUCGACCUCAGUCAACAGUUAAUGUUAGCACAGGACUCACUGUAAUAAGCCUUGACCUUGAUUCCCAUGAAGGAACAUUUUCAGUCAGUGGCAGACUUACAAUCACCUGGUAUGAUGCAUAUUUUGUCUGGACACCUACUAGUUAUAGUGAUAUUGAAGUGAUGCACGUCAAAGAUGGAGAAAUUUGGAGACCUGAACUUGUCAUCGAAAACAUGUUGGAUGAUAUUUCCGUGAUUUAUGAUGAGAAGCUGAGGUACAGAGUUCAUUACUCUGGUACCAUUACCUGGGAGCAACCUGUAAAUGUGCGAGUACACUGUCCCCUAGACUUCACUUACUACCCGUUUGAUAAACAGACAUGUGGAGUAACUGUGUCAAGUUGGUCUUAUGAUCAUAGUGAAACACCUCUCUACCCCUUCAGUAACCAGGUCAACUUAAAUAUGUACCAUGAGAACUCAAAGUUUGAUAUAGUAGAGACAAAUGUUGAAGCCGCACAAAAUAACGAGACGCGCAAUGGUUUAACUAGAACAUACUCAAAAGUAACAUUCUAUAUAACUGUUAGACGUCAUACACAGUUUUAUGGACUUACUAUAACCUUGCCACUGGUUCUGCUGUCGGCCCUGACAAUACUGACAUUCCUGUUACCAGUUGAGAGUGGAGAGAAGGCAAACUACAGUGUAACCUUGUUACUGAUGAUCGUAGUCUUCUAUACAGCUGCAUUGGAAUACAUUCCUGUGUUUACAGGUGUCUCUGUACUUGUUGGAUACAUAUCUGUUGUGCUAAUUCUAGCAACUCUCGCCACAUUAUGUGACUUUCUCAUGUUGUAUCUUUAUCAUCAAGAUAAGCACCGUGAAAUGAAACCUUCGGUGGUGGCCAUGUUACAUAUUCUGGCAAAGAUAACAUGUAAAUUACAACCAAAUGAAGACACAAGGUCUGUUGUUAUGUCCGAAGGGACGAGCAGCACUAGAGUGUCAGAUCAUGACUUACACGCUUGUUCAAGUUUGCCAGACGGGGGCAUUAGUGCUGGCCUUAGUGGGAAAAAGCCUGGCAGACUGUCACCAAUCAAUCGUAGAGUAGAACCAUGUGAAUCAUUAGCAAAUAACAAUGCUGUACCUGGCCCAGUGGAGCAUAGGGAUAGUCUGCCGCCAUUGGAUUCAACACAUCCAGACACCCGUGAUAUGGCAGGACAGACAGCAGUUCCAGAGUUAUUAACUGCAAAGAAACCCCAGGUAAAAGAGAACUCGUAUAACAAGUCUCCAUGGCAGGAGAUGUCAAAAUGUUUGGAUAGACUUUUCUUGAUAAUGUUUCUUGUGAUUUCUAUUAUUACACACUUAGUAUUCCUGACUAUCCUUGGAACUGGUUCAAGGUGAAAACGUAACGUGCAGUGAAUUUGAUAACAAGUAUAAAUAAACAUUCUGAACAAUGUGGUGAUAUUGUGAUCAAUUUGCUUGUUCAGUUUAUCUGCUGAUGGAAAAUUCAGUGAAUUUUUCCCUGGCAUUGGUGCAAACUGUACUUGCUCUAGAAUUAACAAUUUGUGAAGUGCAUUGAUUCAAGUAAUAUCAAUUGU